UAGAGGCCGCUGUUGGGCCCCUUAACUGUUUGUAGCGCGGUGAUGGAGGCAGUAACGUGUUGUCGACUUGUAAUAGGAAGCCUGACAUCUUACUGAACACACACUUUGCCGGUUUUCUGAGGGGGUGACAAGCACAUAAAAGCCCCCGGUGCUCGGCUGCUGUUCUACGCCAAAUGUUUUGCUUUAAAUGGUAGCGGAAUCUGCGCAGAGACUGCGAGCCGCCGCCGCCGCUCCACGGGCUUUAUGCUUUGACCGAAGCGGAACAGUGCGUCACGGAGUAGCUACAAGAUGGACACUGGAGAAGAAGCUGAUAUAUGUCGAGUGUGUCGUUCUGAGGGAACUCAGGACAAACCCCUCUACCAUCCUUGUGUCUGCACUGGAAGUAUUAAAUUCAUUCACCAAGAAUGCUUGGUGCAGUGGCUGAAACACAGCAGAAAGGAGUAUUGCGAAUUAUGCAAGCACAGAUUUGCUUUCACGCCAAUUUAUUCUCCAGACAUGCCUUCACGGCUUCCUGUACAGGACAUUUUUGCAGGUCUGGUGACCAGUAUAGGCACUGCCAUCAGAUACUGGUUCCAUUAUACCCUGGUGGCCUUUGCCUGGCUGGGAGUUGUACCUUUAACAGCAUGUCGAAUCUAUAAGUGUCUGUUUACCGGUUCUGUGAGCUCCCUCCUGACGCUGCCAUUAGACAUGCUUUCCACGGAGAACCUGCUGGCGGACUGCCUGCAGGGCUGCUUCGUGGUGACCUGCACACUCUGCGCCUUUAUAAGCCUGGUGUGGUUACGGGAGCAGAUCGUUCACGGUGGAGCUCCGCUGUGGCUGGAGCAAAACCAACAGCAACCUGCCAACCCAGCAGGGCAGCCGAAUGAGGCUCCAGCUGCAGGUAAUGGAGGUGUGGAGAAUCAGGCCGCCCCGGCUCCGGCUGAUCCCCCUGCAGAGAACGUAGCAGCUGAGGUGCUCGACCCCCAACCCGAACAAGCCGAGGAGCUGGAGAUGGACAACGAAGAUGAAGAGGAGGCGGGUGCCGAAGAUGCGGCUGAUGCCAAUAAUGGUGCUCAAGAUGAUAUGAACUGGAAUGCUUUGGAAUGGGAUCGUGCUGCUGAGGAGCUCACAUGGGAAAGGAUGCUUGGACUUGACGGUUCUCUAGUUUUUCUGGAGCAUGUUUUCUGGGUGGUGUCUCUCAACACACUGUUCAUUUUGGUGUUUGCUUUUUGUCCGUACCAUAUCGGGCACUUUUCAGUGGUGGGACUUGGCUUUGAAGAUUAUGUUCGUGCUUCUCAUUUCGAGGGUCUUAUCACCACUAUUGUGGGUUAUGUCCUGUUGGCUGUAACACUAAUUGUGUGCCAUGGAUUCGCUGCAUUGGUUCGAUUCCAGAGAUCACGGCGAUUGUUAGGAGUCUGCUAUAUCGUGGUUAAGGUGUCGUUGUUGGUGGUCGUAGAGAUCGGUGUAUUUCCUCUCAUCUGUGGCUGGUGGCUGGAUAUCUGUUCCCUGGAAAUGUUUGACGCAUCCCUAAAGGACAGAGAGCUGAGUUUUGAAUCGGCUCCAGGCACCACCAUGUUUUUGCACUGGCUUGUAGGCAUGGUCUACGUCUUCUACUUUGCAUCCUUCAUCCUACUGCUACGAGAGGUUCUCAGACCUGGAGUCUUGUGGUUUCUUAGAAACCUUAACGAUCCCGAUUUUAACCCUGUCCAAGAAAUGAUCCACCUUCCGAUCUACAGGCAUCUGAGACGAUUCAUAUUGUCAGUGGUUGUGUUCGGGUCGAUCGUCCUGUUGAUGCUGUGGUUACCCAUACGGAUAAUUAAACACAUCUUGCCUGCUUUCCUCCCCUACAAUGUGAUGCUCUACAGCGAUGCUCCAGUGAGUGAACUGUCCCUAGAACUCCUGUUGCUGCAGGUGGUUUUGCCAGCUUUGUUGGAGCAGGGACACACACGCCAGUGGCUGAAGGGUUUGGUGCGUGCCUGGACAGUCACCGCUGGCUACUUACUAGAUCUACACUCGUAUCUGCUGGGAGACCAGGAGGAGAAUGAAAACAAUGCCAACCAGGCAGCCAACAACAACAACAACCAGCAACCACGUAACAAUGCUAAUGCCAUUCCUGUAGUGGGGGAAGGCCUACAUGCCGCACACCAGGCCAUCCUGCAACAGGGUGGCCCCGUGGGCUUCCAGCCUUACCACCGCCCUGUGAAGUUCCCCCUCAGGAUUGUGUUGCUGAUCCUUUUCAUGUGUGUGACUCUGCUCGUGGCCAGCUUGGUGUGUCUUACUCUGCCAGUGUUCGCAGGCCGCUGGCUCAUGUCGUUCUGGACAGGCACAGCUAAGAUCCACGAGCUGUACACGGCAGCAUGCGGCCUGUACGUAUGCUGGCUGUCCAUCAGGGCAGUCACUGUUCUGCUAGCCUGGAUGCCUCAGGGUCGAAGGGUCAUCCUACUCAAAGUCCAGGAGUGGACACUCAUGGUACAUGACAUCAUACCUGUUGCAGAAGUGAUUAUGAAGACACUGAUAGUGGCAGUUCUAUUAGCUGGCGUGAUUCCACUGCUUCUCGGUUUGCUCUUUGAGCUGGUUAUUGUGGCUCCUUUGCGGGUCCCACUCGACCAGACACCUCUGUUCUACCCCUGGCAGGACUGGGCGUUAGGAGUGUUGCAUGCCAAAAUCAUUGCUGCCAUCACCCUGAUGGGCCCUCAGUGGUGGCUGAAAACUGUCAUUGAGCAGGUUUAUGCCAAUGGAAUCCGCAACAUUGACCUACAUUUCAUCAUCCGAAAGCUGGCUGCCCCCGUCAUCGCGGUGCUGCUGCUGUCCCUCUGUGUGCCCUACGUUAUUGCUGUAGGCAUCGUCCCCAUAAUAGGAGUCACCCUGGAGAUGCAGAACCUGGUUCAGAGGAGAAUCUACCCCUUCCUGCUGAUGGUCGUGGUUCUAAUGGGAAUCCUCUCUUUCCAAAUCCGACAGUUCAAGCGCCUUUACGAACACAUCAAGAACGACAAGUAUCUCGUAGGACAGAGACUUGUGAACUAUGAACGCAAAGCUGGGAAAGCCAGCACUACUACACACAGCAGCACAGUGCAGGAAUGAAAGCAUUUGGAAACGUGUUUAGAUGAUGAGUGUGUGUGUGUUCAGACCCGGCCCCUUCCCCUCUGUCGUACGUGCAUAUGUUGUGUCUCAAUCAUUUCCAAGUUCAAGAUUCAAGAACCGUCAGUGACUCCUGGUGUCUCAAUUUUUCAUUUUUUUUGCCUGCAACUUCAGAACUGAAAUGUUUAAAAACCUACAAAGAAAAAGGGCAAGAAAUCCUUCAAGCCAACCAACAAGUGUCACUGUACAUCUUAUGGGGGGGGGGGAAGAAUGAGUAUGUAUAUUAAUUUAUUAAAUCUAGUUGUCACUUUACUUUGUGGAAUCCUGUUGCUUGGUCAGUACUGAUGCCAGUGUAAAGCUUUGCAGUCUCGAGGACGACGUCCAGGAUUUUUGGGGCCGAGAACACACUCACUCCGACAUGCGCGUCUUAGCACUCGGCUGUAUUAAUCGAAGCCUUUUAUUUAUUUGAUUGUUAAAAGGUAUGUUAGGUGAGAACAUGUAAUUAACAAGCUCCCUGAGAUGAAGCUUUCUGAUUGCUUACAGUCAAAAGGACAUGGCUGGAGUGUGGGUUUGACUCCCAGAUCUCAGAAGACGAACCGAUCGUGCACCUCAUGGGACUGUGGCAUUCUUUAAUGUGGAUCAUUAAGGACCAUGGACAAUAACGUUUACGGUUUUCUGUUCAGUUCCAGAGCUUUUCAUUCUUACCCUCUUGUGUGCUGAUGGCCUCAGUGCCUAGAAUAGCACGAGUUUCCUGUCCAUGUGUCAUACUUCACAACCGUUACUGGCAUUACUGUAUACGAACGAUGUGCUUUAGAUCUCAAAUCUCAAAAUGUCUUAACAGCAGUAGGUUGGAGGUCUGGUCUGCUAGUGAGUCGGUGUUUUUGUGUUUCCACCUCAAUACAAAAAAACUGGUCAGAAUUUUUUCUCAAAAUGCUUUCUGAUGAGGAAAGACCGUUUCAGUUCGGUAGAACAAAAUCAUUUCCUGUAUAUAUUCCAUCAUAACUACAGUUUGUACAUAUUGUAAAUUUGACAAAAAAAAAUACUGACCGAUGACUUUUUUUUUGUUGUUGUUUGUUUUUGUUUUUGUUUUUGUUUUUCUCUCUCCGUCACCGUCUGCUACAGAACCGCUCUCCGAAUGAUCCGAACUCGGAUACUGUAGGCUUUUCAAUAUUGUUUGGGCUCCUUUUAAAAGCGAAAUGUUUCUAUUUUUAUAUGUGUAGUGACUGGCCGGUCACGUACGCCUCGCGUGCUUUCAGAGUUCUGAGCAGUCCUCGGAGUCCUUCGGAUUCGAGGGGCGACUGCGUGGAGCUGCGGCGCUGUGUAGGAUGCAGACGGCAUGCUGGUACAGUGCUAAAGACUCUCACACGUCAGGUCUGCACAACCUUGUCCUAUCCGUAGCAUGUUCGUGUGAGACGUAUUCAGUAUUCUGAAUGUUUAAAAAAAAAAAAAAAAUCCUGCUUGGAGGCUGUGGCUGUAAUUACAUCCUUAUACAGGCAGACAAGUACUUACUUUUUUUUGUUUUUGGGUGUUUUAUUGAAAAAUUUUAUUACAAAUAUUAAAUCAAAAGUGUGAUACA